AUGAUCUAGAAGCUGUUCCUGUCACCAUCCAGAUCUGUUUUGGUCAACUUGCAUAGCAGCGGUGACAUGAAAAAGAGAGCUGGCAGUUGGAGAUGACGAUAAGAAACUGCAGAAAUCUGCUCAUCCUUCUGUUUCAUCAUGUGACUCAUAUUCUUGGAUUGAAGUGGAUCUAGGGACGAAUGGAUGACUGAAUAUUCAUAUGAAGAGGAAAGCCAUAAAAGACGUCAGCGCUUUUGAAAACAGAAUGUUAAUGCUGGAUGGGAUGCCGGCAGUCAGAGUUAAAACAGAGCUGCUGGAAUCUGAGCAAGGGUCUCCAAACGUCCACAACUACCCAGAUAUGGAAGCUGUGCCCUUGUUACUAAACAACAUGAAGGCAGAUCCCCCGGAGGAUUCAUUAUCUGCAGAUCAUUUCCAAACACAGACUGAACCAGUGGACUUAUCAAUAAACAAAGCCAGGUCAUCCCCUACAGCAGCUUCAUCUUCACCAGUUUCCAUGACAGCAUCAGCCUCCUCCCCUUCUUCUACUUCUACUUCUUCUUCUUCAAGUCGACCAGCUUCAUCACCCACAGUAAUAACGUCGGUAUCCUCAGCAGCAUCUGUACCAUCAGUAUUAAGUCCAGGUCCUCUUGUGGCCUCUGCAUCUGGUGUGGGAGGUCAGCAAUUUUUGCACAUUAUCCAUCCAGUUCCACCUUCAAGCCCCAUGAACUUGCAGUCCAAUAAAAUGAGUCACGUGCACCGUAUACCCGUUGUGGUACAGUCGGUACCUGUUGUCUAUACAGCCGUGAGAUCACCUGGGAAUAUGAACAACACUAUAGUAGUGCCACUGUUGGAGGAUGGGAGAAGCCACGUCAAAGCACAAAUGGACCCCCGAGGCCUAUCUCCCAGACAAAUUAAAAGUGACAGUGAUGAUGACGACCUGCCAAAUGUGACCUUAGAUAGCGUUAAUGAAACUGGAUCUACAGCGCUCUCCAUAGCCAGAGCAGUACAAGAAGAGAGCAUGUGGGGCUGUGCCAGGUCAGCUGCUAACCCUUUUCGUUUUUUCAACUCCAGUUCAAUUUCGCCAUUCAGUAUUGAGAGCACAAGGCGUCAGAGAAGGUCUGAGUCUCCAGACUCCAGGAAGCGGCGCAUCCAUCGGUGUGACUUCGAGGGAUGCAACAAAGUAUACACAAAAAGCUCCCACCUGAAAGCUCACCGGAGGACGCACACAGGAGAAAAACCCUACAAAUGUACCUGGGAAGGCUGCACCUGGAAGUUUGCUCGCUCCGACGAACUGACGAGGCAUUACCGCAAGCACACAGGAGUGAAGCCAUUCAAGUGUGCAGACUGUGACCGCAGCUUUUCCCGCUCAGAUCACUUGGCGCUCCACCGCCGCAGGCACAUGCUGGUUUGAAAAACGCUACCUAUUCCAGCCGAGCUUAAGAGCUGGGUCUCUUAACUACCCGGAGUGAAUUCAGCAGGGCUGAAUCCCCUUCUACAGUGUUAGCAGGCAGGGCUGUCUCUGCUGUCUGUAAGAAAAAAUAAUAACAAAAAAAAAAUAGCAGGAAAAGAAGUGCCACUCUUCUCCUCGCCAUCUGAAGCUAACCCUAUCUGCCCCUCAGCAUGGUUACCCCAAAGGUGUCAUCACAGUCGCCAGGGAAAUAGCAGUCAAAAUGCUACAGGAAUGGGCAUUAUUUUACAUGCUGCAUCCUUUGAGAAAAAAGUGUUUAUAGCUUGUAUGUUUUUUCAGCUGUUGGACAUUUUGUUCCUGAAAAAUCGCUGCUGAUUGGAGGAUUAGAUGCCACAAACCGAUGAUGAUGAUGAUGAGAGCAAGAACGGUAGACCUUUGUUAUCCCUUCUUUUCCCCUUGUUUUGAAUACUACCUGGCCAGUGUCAGCAUCAGCCUGAGCAGUACUACAUAGGAGCUGAUGAGCCGCAUAGGAGUAGGCGAGAAGAUCCUGCUGGAGAGGUUCCACCAUCAGAGCUGAAGGGUUGCUGGAGCUGACUUUCGCAAUAACAAUGGUGGCAUUUUAAUGUUGUAUCACAAGUUGUCAUUAUGCCCUAGAAGACACCAGCCAUUUAACCCUUUUCUUUUAUCCUUUCCUUUCCUUUCUCUUCUUUUGUUGUUGUUGAAGUCUGUAAAACAAAAAAGGGGCAGCAGCAUUUCUGUUACAAGUACAGCAUCAAGUAUCUGUAUUUUACCGUCGACUCAUUUAGAACCAUUUUCUGAUUAAUAUAGAAAAAAACAAUCUAAAAACUACUACACCAUUCUCAAAGUGCAGUUUUCUUUCAUGCAGGUAUCCUCUUCCCCGUGACAGUGUUUGAAUAUGAGGAGACAGUCAGAUCUUAUACUUUCUAGUACCAAGGUUAGUGGUGUAGCCAUCCAUGAAAUGGAAUUGAAUGUACCAACAAUGCAAAAUAGAGAAGAAACAGCUGCGUCUCUUUGCAGAGAAAAAGCAAUAAUGAGUAAAAUGGCUCUCAAGACAAUAAUUUACUCCACAUCAACAGAAGGGAGGUAUGCAGAAAUAGCACGUAAGAUAAUUUAAGUUAAUCUUCCUGAUGGUUUCACUGACCUGUUAGUUACCACAAUUAAGUACUUUCAUUUCCUUAAACAUAAUGCUUACUUGUGUCAGGAAAGCAAAACAGAUAAAGGAAAGAGCUGAGUGUUGAGGAGUCAGUGGAUGAACUGUAAGUAGGAAGAAGAAACAGUUGUACAGUGGUGCUCUGCAAGACAUUAGGUUUCUCCCUGGGAGUUAGAGAAUAACAAGACAUUGCCAGCUGUCUGUUAUGAUACAAAUGCUCCUUUAUAUGGGUAUCAGUGGCUGCCUCUGCUGGGAUUUUCAAUCCAAGCCUUUUCAGAUUAAAUAAAAGGAAAUUCUUGAUCAUUCCCAUACAGCUCUGUAAUUGUGAAUCAAUUUGUAUUAAUUAAAUUAUGUAGGGGAGAGAGAGAAACUCCUAGUCAUCAGUUGUUCGUGAAAACAGAAUAGUGUUUUUCUGUUUUCCUUCUUCACAAGGAUCUGCCUAUUCAGCUAAAUGAGACAAAGAGAAGGCUUGGCAAGAUUUUUUAAGUGUUGAGAUUUUUAUAGCUUAGAGAUAAAAGAUGUAUACAUAAAGGUCUUUUGCAGCAAUGCAUUUAAUUACAAAUAUUUGUUUCCAGAAAUUGCACAGAUUAAACUUGUGGUGCCACUUGUUCAUUUUUAAAGGUUAGAUCAGUCUGAAUUCAGUUCUGAUUCCCGAAAUACUAGCUGUAAUGUUGGGAACAGGUUCUGAAGUCAAGAUAAUCUUUAAGAAGAAGCAGAACAGAGAACCCUUGCACACACUGAUAGUAAUUGCAGUUAAUUGAGGAUUAAUAAGACUGGGAUAAUACAUCAUAACAGCACUUAGGCACUCCAGAGUUUGAUUAUCUUUAAAUACAUUGUUCAUGUUCCCCGAUACCGGAUAAUCUGUCAGUCCCCCAAAAGAAGAACUUCAGUACUGUUACUAUUCAGUAUCCCCUCUGGUGAGUGGUCAAUAUAGAAACUGCAGACAAAUUAUUAGCAGCCAUAGGUUCAUGCCCCCUCCUAGAGAUUUUCAAGGCAAGGCUACAUGAGGCCCUGGACAACCUGAUAUCACUGUGGUGUCCCUGUUCAUCGUAGGGGAGUUGGACUGGAUGGCCUUCAGAGGACCCUUCCAACUGUAAGGAUUCUCUGAUUCUGUGAUAGUGGAAAAAAUGUCUCUCCCAUUCCCACCAUCUGCACUGGUGAUCAACUUCUGUGAAAUUUUGUAGCAUUUAAGCAUCCAACUCAGAACUGGGCAUUAAGCGGCACUUAGUGUUGAUGCAGUUUAAAACGGCUGAAACAGAUGAGAGCUUCUUGAUAGCCCAUAAGCCAUUGUGGAGCAACAGAACUGGGUUUUUGCCAACAGCAUUACUUCUUCCAUUUUCAAAAAUGGUAGUCAGUGCAGUACCUGAGGUGGUUCAUGGAUUGCAUCUGAGGUCUAUCUUUUAUGUACUUUAAGGUCAUUCCCUUUAAAUGGAUCAGACAACAUCAGUGUUUUGGGGAAGAAGUCAGGUCAGGUAAAAGUCAAUUUAUAAAAUUAUUUUGCUUUUCCAAGAAUGUUUUACCAACUAAUUUUCUAAAUAGCAGCAGAAUCUGUGAUUUUAUUUCUCCCCCAUAGAAAAUGAAAUUUAUUUGACCAGCAACACGUAAGGACAUUCUGUUAGCAUUCAAGAGAAACAAUAAGAGAUCUUCUCUGAUGCUGUUCACAGGGGUUGAAUAUAACUCAGAGGCACUAAUGUCUUCUUCAGGCUUCUGUGUAGUGAAUUGGAAUUAAAAAUCUCCAAGAGCAAUUGAGGCUUUAAAUUUUGGUAUGCAGCUUUGAAUUGUCCUGUGCUGACUGCACAGAGAUCCCAUAGGAAGCUCAUUCCCCAGGGCAGAAAUCACUCUUUGCGAACCCCUUGUCUCCAUUCUGUGAGAAUAUUUUUUGUUUUCCUCUUUGGGAGUAUUUUAAGAGAGGUUACUUUGUGGAAGGAGCGUGUUGGGACAUGGAGUGGAUAUCCCCCAGGUUCUCAGGGCGCUCUUCCACCUGUGUUCCACCAAGUUCCUGUGCUUGUGCAGAGACAAAGGGCAGCUGCUCCAGCGUGGUUUCCUCAAAAAUCACAAUAACUCACCGCAGUGCAUUGCACGCACGGCAUUGCAUAACCGUGGUGAAGGCUGACUUCACAUGUGGCAUGCAGAAAUACCAGAUCUUGUCUUGGCACAGCACAGUAAGUCCGUCUUAAUUAACUGAGCAGUUGAGAAAUACAAAAAUACAGCGUCCCUAUCCUUUCAGACAGACAGAUUUAUGCUUUUCAAUAUGAAUAAAGGAUGGGUAGUACCGACUGAGCAUUAUGGCUUACGUGGCGAUCUCUGCCAUGAAGUGUCAGAUUUCAGGUGUUUCCAAAAAGAUUCAAUGGAUUUGUCAGCAAAUCUCAGUAGCCAGCAUUACAUGAAAACAUAAUGAGUAAACAAGUUUGAUACAGAACUUUUUAAAUUUUAAAUUGCCAUUAUUUUUUGAGCGUCUGUUUUAUUCAGCACUGUAAAAUUGGCUCAUUGCAACGGCAGUUUUUACUGGGGGUGAAGAUGCAGUAUUCCUUAUUCUCUAUCGUGCUUUCAAUUAAUGAAAUAGAUUUAGACUGAUUUGUAUAUAUGAUUAUUUGCUGGAGUAAUGUAUAACAAAAUUAACAGUGUUAAAAAUGACAUCAGUGAUGUUGAUGCUUGGGAUAAACUUACAGUACAGAGCAUGGACAAAUAGUUGGACAACCUUUCUCCCCUUUAAUAAUGGAAUAGCAGUGAUCAUAAAUCUCGUUUUCCAUUAGCUACACUGAGAAUGUAUUCUAGUUACCAUUUAUAAAUUUAUCUUCUGAUAAUAAAAGAUGUUUAAUGGAAAAAAUCUCUUUCUCCUUUAUUGAAGUUGGAUACCUCAAAUCAGAGUAAGAUUCACUGUUAAUACCUUGCUUAUUUUUUAGUUUGAACAUUGGUUUGGAAAGGUCAUGUGAGGAACCACAUUUUCCGCAGCAAAUGCGUCUAAUUUGCCCUGCUACAUGCUCACCCAAACACCCAUGCAUAUAAAUGCCAGCAUUUUCACAUCCCUCCUCCCAUCAGCAGAUGAAAACAAACACGUUUGUGAAAACAAAGCACAAGAUGAAGAAUUUAAAAUAAAUUGGAAAUAAAAGAAAGUGCUACCUUCUUAAGAAACCAGCUCAUAUUCCUGUACUAUGCUUUUGCCUGUGAUUUAUAAUUGGAGAAGCACACAGAUUUAAAGAUGAUUGUUAUAUUUUCACAGUGUCAUGAUAGCAUUCCAGUUGCUGUGUAAUAUGCUUACAAAGUCAUACCCAUUGGUACCUUAAAAAUGCUUGAUUUCUGAUCAACUGCAGCAGCAAAGCAGGUUUUAGUAGAAAAAACAAGUAGCUAUAAGGAUACUGCAUCUUUAGAAAUUGAAAUGCAUUGAAAGUAUUUUACUAUACUUGUAACAGUUUAAAUAUUCUGUAAUAUAUGUGAUAGUGGAAAAGUAUUUUCAAACUCACGGUUUUUCAUGGGGUGUAAAUAGGUUAAAUGAAGUACAUUUUUAAAAAUCCUUCCGCUUUCAUAAAGAAAAAAUUGUUAGAUAAUGCCUUGCAAAGCUUACACAGAAAAUGCUGAGAAGUAAAUUAUUCUGUUUUGGCAGAAACAUUUUCUCUGCAACAUGGAGCCGCCACUUUUUUGCUGUUUUGCAGAUAGCGUGUGAUAUAGUGAAGUCAUAUUGAGUCCUUCAGUAUCAAAUAAGUCAACAUUCAGAAUGCCUUUGACUGAGUAAACGAAAAAAACCAAAACACUUAAUGAGAAUGAAAACCAUAUGAAAAAGUUUUGUUUUGUUUUCCUUCUGGCAAUUUACUGCAGAUACAGUACCAGCAAGCUCUCUGAUUUUAUUUGAUUUUAUUUGUGCUUGUAUUUCCCUGACUACACUGCAUCUUGAAAAAAAGGUUGCAGAGCUGAAAUAGGCAGCUGUUCUUUGCUGAUUCCAGGGGUGUUCAGUCUUCGAGGUACAGUAGUAUGCCAACAAUCCAAUGGUAGCGGGCAGUUGUGACAUUUAGAAUGCUAUAUACUCCAGCACGGUAGUCUAAAAUCCAUUUUAAAAGAUGAAACAGAAACUGAAAGUGCCUGUUAUUAGAACUGAUGGGAUGUUCCUAUACUUUUACACAGCAAUAACUUACGGGAUUCUAUCAACAAUAAGAUGAAAAUAAAAUUAAACUCUGAGAACAAUAAUGCAGCACAGAAGCAAACACAAAGUGCCAUUUGUAUUUUCAUGUCGAUGUAUUUUGUUAAGAGUUUUAGUUAGUUUCUCAAAUAAUGUCUGUCAGAUAUGUAAGAUGAAAAUGGAUCCUCGUUUACAAAUUUCUCAUAUCCAUAUGGAUUCCAAGUAGGUGUAAAUGGAGAUCGUUGUGUUUUGUAGCAUUACUUCCUAAUUUACGUCUGAUUUGCCCACAAAUAUCCAUGGUAUUCUACAGUAAAAUAACCACAAAACCAGCAAUGGACCUUCUUCAGGUUAUACACCAGAGCAUAUUCUCUUGAAAAAUCCACUACAUUGAAUUGUGGAGUUCACCAUAUUUCACUUUUCUAUUCCUUUUUGUAAUACCAGUGCUUAAUACCGUCUUCAAAUUGGAGAGGUCAAAAUAUAUCCCUUUUUAAAAUUAUUAUUUUGGGGGAGAAAUAAGUGGGGGAAAAAAGGUGGGGACUAUCAGUUUAGAGACUAUUUGAGUAACAAACAAUAAGCUGAUAUUCUUAGAAUGGAGAAAGGAUAUUUUUUUUAAUAUUAAGUGGCCUAAACAAUUGCAUCAAUAGGCUGGUGGAUCUCACUAGAAAAUGACCAGCUGUGUUUCUUCCACUCUGUUUUUUAAUUAUUUUUAAUCUGGUAGGUUUCUGUCAAAAAGAAAAAAAAAAAAAAAAUUACUGUUGCUAAUGGAUUCUUAAAAUAGCAGUGUAAUGCCAUCCCUCAUACUUGUGCUUCUAAAAAUGAAUUUACUGGAGAUCAAAAUGUAACUGGUUUUCCUAAUGCCAAGAAAUGCUUUCCAUUCCCUAAGCUUGUAUGCAGCAUUUAUCCACGCAGAGCUAUGCUCCCAUCAGUGGGUUGCUGUUUGAGAGAACAGGUUUUUAUUCACCAGGGAAGGAACUGUGUGCACACAAAGACAAUGCAGAAGAAAGUGGAGGUGCAAAGUAAAAGCAUAUGAAACUGCAUGUGAAAACUAUGACACUGAUACAUGCAGGUUAAUCACGUGAUGACCACUGGUUUAGUAACAAUUUAUACCUGUUGGGCAUCAGUGGAAAUAAUCCCAUCAGAACGUGCAUAUGCUUAUUUUCCCAUCCCAAACUGAAUUUCCAAAUAUUAAGCAAAUAAAAGAUCUCAUUUCACGCUGGAGGUGUUAGGAGAGCACCAGCGAAUGUGUUAGGAGAAAGGAAAUGUGAGUUUCUUAUAUCUGAGCGGCUGUUAGAGAGGAGGUCUCAGUUCACUGCUCUAAAGCAGCAGUGCUCCAACGUGGCACCCAUAGAAACCCACAGUGUUCAGUUGACUCCAGCUCUACAUUUGUUGGUUCUUGCAUAGGAAAGGGCACCGAGGCUUCUACACCAUGAAAUGAGUGGGGCUUUUUUCAUGUCUUUUUGAAAAACAAGAGUUUUUUUUUCUUAUUGACUUGCCAGCACCUUGUGCUUACUGAUUUCAAAUGAUGAAAUUAACUGAGAUACUUUUGAAGUGAUUUGUAGACUGUCCAGUAAACAACCAUUCAGUCCUUUGGACUAGCAAAACUGAAUGCAAGUUCUAGCUGUUGUGAAAAUAAGAACUGUACAAGUUAUUUGGGAUCCUCCUGGCCGUCUGUGUGACUUAAAAGUCACACUUCCCCCAGCUCAUUUUCAGGGUGCUCUCACUAUUUAUAAAAGAGAAUGUGAAUGGAGGUUCAUACUGUGACUUCCUAAACCUGGUUCAUGCACCUGGCUGCAUUUGGAAAAAUCGUUGUCAACCAGGAGACAUGCUCAAGUAGCUGAUGGCUUUGAUGGACUGUCAUAAACAUGAACCAUGAAAUGCAGACAUCGGUGGUUUGGAUGCUGCCUUUCUCCUUGUUCCCAUCUUUCUAGAUGUAAAGAACUUCUUUGGAAAGGCCGUUUGACCCAUAAUCUUUGCAGGAGAACUAAACUUUUUCAAAAUUCAGAUUUGAUGUUCUUGUCUCUGGUUUUCUGAUUUCGGUAUUUUUCACUGCUAGAUUUAUAUCUUAUUUUGUCACAAAACAAAAAAAAAGAAAAAAAAAGUUUAUUUUUCCCUAUAGUCCUAUAUAUUGCCUCCUUUGCAAUAUAAGUUCUCCAUUUUACACCUACACAGUGUGCUCCCUUGACCUGCUCUCUGUCGCUAAGAACUUACAAUAUCCCAUUUGCUCUUACAAUAGAAUAUACACAGAGAUAGGAAUUAAUGACUUAAGCUUCACGCACCGCCAGCCUUAAACCCUUCAACCCACACACACAGACACACACAUGCAUACGCUUCAAAUGAAAGGGAGAUUUGGACACUGCUAUCAACAUGUGGGGUCAAAAAUAUCAUUAAUUUGGAAAGUUCUUUCAGCUGUGUUUAGGAAGAAACGGCAGAAUAAUGAAAAAUACCAUUCUUGGCCAAGUCAUUUACGGAUGAAGCAAAUUCCCCUAUGGCGUUAGUUGAAUGAAAUCCUAAGAAUGGAGUUGCAUUUGGCCCCGAACUCUUCCUUAUUAAUCAGGUUGCUGAAGUUGUAUAUUCCAAUGAGCGUUCAUUAGAUCCUCCUGUGUAAAAAUACAAAAACAUCCCUUAGUUUUUAAAGUGAUUAAUUUGGGACCGAAGGUUCACAGCAAUGGAAUUAGUGUGUUCAGCACCUCAGUCUUUUUUCCUACGAUAAGAUGCAAAAGGGAGGGUCAUUAUCACUAACCCCAUAGAGAUAAUAGUGUCAAUAGAAGUCCUAUACUUCAAAGGAAUAAAAACAGCAGUGCUAGCAAGCAAACAUCGUAGUUUCUUAAGUCUUUUCUUUCACCUUCUUUUCAAAAGAUUUUAAAUGCAAAAACUUCUGUUCUUCAAAAAUAAUAAAAGUAAUUAUCUGAAGAUCUAAUUUCCCAAUAGUUUCCUCUGCAUUUAUAUAGUAUGUAGUGUUUAGGCAACACCUAUGUUAUAAGUUUAUUAAUAUUAUGUAAGUGUUGUUCUUGUAUUUAUGUAUAGUGUAUGUAUUGUAAAUAUACUCAGAGCUUUUUUUCCUCUUCCUGUAAGAUGGUGAUUUUUUUGCCCUAUAAUAAUGUAAAGGGAACCCCCUAAUGAAAUUCUGUCAGAGGAUGAUUAUUCCAGUCUAUUCUCAAAGAUUUAAAUGAACAAGUGUUAUCGUUUUUAAUGGUGUCUCAGACAUAUUUUGUUGGUGCAUUGCUUUUCUGUAUUCAACUUUCCUAUGAAUUGAGCUGUGAAUUGAAAUAGAGUUUAAACCUUUAAAUGUAUGCAUUUGUAUAAUUAUCUGAAUGGAGGCAUGAAGGUUAAAUAAAGCAUUUUGUAUGGAACAAACCCCCUAAUUAUUACUGUGAAUGACUCAAGCCUUCUGGAAUACCCAGCUAUUAAC